AGGAACGUUAGCUGUCAACAAAAAGUGUGAAAAUCAAUUUCUGUGGAAAUUAAAUUGACAGGUCUGGUUAAGAAGAUUCUGUGUCCGGGGGAGGACGGGACACAAAACCUUUUUUUUUUCCUUGUCAUUUGUUACCAGUUGCCAGGUCACAGUUGUUGCCCAGCAUUUACUCAGUCACACACACCCUGGAGACUGGCCACCCUCAAGCCAAUGGAUAGAUAGAGCUCGGUAUAUAGCAGUAAAUCUAAAUCUAAAUGUACAAAUGUAUAUCUGUGCUAUCGAAGAAAAACCUUUUUUAAAAACUCUAAGUACUCUAAGUGCAGACCGAGAGAUUUUUCUUCCGUAAAACUUUGUACGAGUCACGAGACAGAGAAAACCAGGAUGAUAGUUUGUUUUGGUUUUUUUUUUUGAAGUCAGUUCGUAGAUUGCUCCCAAAUCAGGAGUCAAAGCGGAGUGAGUGUGGCGGUCCAUUGGAACAGAACGGUGGUUUCUGAUGGACAUGAGUCAACUGCGCGGCAUCCCUGCUCACAUGUCACGGCUAUACAUAUCAUCGGACUCUCAGAUCCAAAUGUGUCUCUGGUUUUCUUACAAAUGUUACUGCUUCACGUUGUGCUGAGGCUUGAAGACUAUUUGCUUUGAUAUAGUCAUGCAAAACAAAGAAACCAUUUAAAGGAUGUCCCCGACGCCAGUGUAUCCCGAUGGUUAGUUUGAGAGCUUUUUACGCAGCAUUCCAGCGAGUUUGCUUUUUAUUUUUCAUACCCCGGGGAAGUGCUAACUGUCAGCUUUAUCUUUGCUACAUUACGGAAGCUCUCGAAGGUUGAUUUUUUUUUUUUUUUUUUUGUACUUUUCUAAUUAUGAUUUUAUUCAUAGCUGUCUAAUAAUGAGGAAAAAAAAAUCUGUUCAAAUUUGGAAUAAAUUGUUUGACGUCAAACGCGGAACAUGUGAAUACCAAUUUGUAGAUUUCUGUCUUCUAUCUUUGCCCUCAUCUAUGUUGUACUCACGUGGUUGCGCUCUGCAGCCUCCUGGUCUGACUGUUGUUAUAUCGCUCAGAUCACAGGGUCUAGAAUAAAAUCUAUUUUGAUAAAGUUGUUGUGUUUGCUUGUGCCUGGAACUUAAAGUGUUAAAAAAAAAAACACCAGGAAAAACUCCACUUGUACUUGUACUAACUUUUUUUGCCAAAGCGUUGUCCUUAGGUUGCAGGGAGAAGCGUAUUCACCAAAGAACAAGUAAGUCAAUUUGUAAAACUGAAGUACAUUUUUCCCCACACUGCGGCCCGAUACCAGUCCCCGAACCGGGGGUUGGAGGCCCCAGAAAUACACUCCUUUCUCACCGGUACAUUUGUACCUACCAGUUUGAACUCUGUCUAACUGUACCUCUUACUUCCUCAGUUGCUCCACUGACCGUCUCCAUAACUUCAUGCACACCUUGUGCUUUGUGAAACCAGCCAACUGGUGUUGACCCAAGCGCUCAAGUCUACAGCGCACCUGUUCGCUGUCGAGCACAGAGCCCUCCCACACUGAGAGAGAAGAGGAGAGAGAGGAGGAGAGAGAGGAGGAGAGAAAGAGGAACUUGGCCAACACAGACUUGUCCCGUCAAACACUUUAACAACAAGGUACGUUCACAGACGGUAGAAAAACACACCAUCUUCAGACACCUGACCAGAGUGAAGUGAAAGUGAGAAUCCUGCUGCCUCAGUGACAGAUUCACACAGAGCCUCUUUAAUUUACCGUUUCAGGAAUCGUCCUCGUGGGUUCAUGAGACGCCGCCGACCACGACCCAGCCAUUUCCAUCAUCUGCUGCUAAAGAUGAUGAAAGCCUAGGAUGGACGACCCCCCAACUGACAAUCUCUUUCUCUACCUCCACCCACACUAACUCGACCGGCUGACAACCUCACCAGGAUGUAUCUCAGGUUACGACGAAUACGAAAGUACCACUUCAUGCAGCUGAUGACGACCUGCCUGGUGCUGUCGGUGGUCAUGCUCUACUGGGAGAAGCUGAACUCCACGGUCGUCACCCACGUCAAGUCCUACUCCUAUCGCUACUUCAUCAACAGCUUCAUCUACAUCAACAAGAGUUUUACCAUCUCGCCCGAAGAGGCACGGAGCUUCAGCAACUACCCCUUCCUCCUGGACCACCCCGACAAGUGCGCCGGGAAAGACGUCCUGCUGCUGCUUUUGGUCAAAUCCUCUCCGGACAACGUGGAGAGGAGGAGUGCCAUUCGAUCGACUUGGGGUAACGAGACCUACAUCCAGAACACCCUGGGAGUAACCGUGAAGGUACUUUUUGCCCUCGGCACCACGGGGGAGGAGGCUACGUGGACCAGCAGAAGCGGGCAGGUGCUUCAGGCGCAGCUGGUCCACGAGGACCAGGUCCACGGUGAUUUGAUCCAGCAGGACUUCCUGGACACGUUCCACAACUUGACUUUGAAGCUGAUCAUGCAGUUCCACUGGAUGCACAACCGCUGCGCCCACGCCCGUUUCCUCAUGACGGCGGACGACGACAUCUUCGUCCACAUGCCCAACCUGGUGGCUUACCUGCGGGACAUGAGCAGCGGCGGCGUCACGCAGCUCUGGAUCGGGAAAGUGCACAGAGGGGCGCCUCCCGUUCGCAGCAAGAGCAGCAAAUACUACAUGUCUUACGAGAUGUACCCGUGGAUGUCGUACCCGGACUACACGUCGGGCGGCGGGUACGUGGUCUCCACCGACGUCGCGGACAAAAUCUAUCACGCCACGCUGAAUCUGAACGCCUCUCUUUACAUCGACGACGUGUUCAUGGGGAUCUGCGCCAGCAUUGUAGGCGUGACCCCGAAAGAGCACGUGUUUUUUUCCGGGGAGGGCAAAGCGCCUUACCACAUGUGCAUCUAUAACCAGAUGAUGACCUCACAUGGUCACGUAGAGGACAUUCACAACAUGUGGAAGGCAGCGACAGACCCAGAAAUCAAGGAGUGGACCACGGGACUCUUUGGCAAGUUCUACUGCCAAGUGGUAAAAAUAGCUCUUCUUUGUAAGACGUACGUCACCGCCUACCCCUGCAAAGCAGCCUUUCUGUAGGGAUAGUUAAAGUUGACCUGUCUGUCUGUCUGUCUGUGUGUGUGUGUGUGCACGCGCGUGUGUGUGGGUGUGCAGGGAUUUUCGAGCGAAGUUGAUUUCAAGAAGAACUCUGUUUUCAACACCACUUUUUCUUCCAAAUCACCAAACAGUAGUGAGAGUAAAAAAAUCCAGACCGAUUUCCCACAAAUUACUACAAGUCUAAUGCAACAUGAACGGCUGCCCUCUAGAGCACGGGUCGGGAACCUUUUUUAAAGCAGAGAGAGCCACAUAUUUUAGAAUGUAUUUCCGUGAGAGCCGUAUAAUAUUUUUUUCGUUUAAUAAGUCUCUGAAGUAUUAAAAAAAAGUUAUUAGUUAUUAUCCGAGGCAUAAAAUACUUCUUAGCGUUAUUGCGACGGUUUUCACACGAUCGACUCCAGCACAAAAAAUGAAUGUACGGAUUGAUACGGUUCCACUCGCCGUACAUACGUUUUUUAUUUUAUCAUUAAUGUACUUUUAUUUAUUUGAUUUUUUUUCCAGCGCGAGACGUGUGUGUGUGUGUGUGUUGCUACAAAAUGGACUGACUUUUCGUGCUCCAAAUAAACCGGUGACGUACCGAGCUCUGAUGAUUGUACCGCAACGCAAAGAGGCUACGCUUCUGCUUUUUUUUAAAGAUGAUUUUAACGCUGUGAUUUCUGUAAUGUUUUACUUGAGUAUCAGCGGAAUUAUUUAUUACUUAUUGUGUUAAGAAAUGCUAAGCUAAGAAUUAUCUUGAGACCCAGACGCAGUCAUCAAAAGAACCACAUCUGGCUUGCGAGCCACAGGUUCCUAACCCCUGCUGUAGAGACACCGGUGAGUUUAAUGUGUCAGCGGCAGCAAAUCCAUACAAACUCAUGAACCCACUUCCUGUCUCUGUUCUAACAAUACAGAUUAACAUGGUUACCUAGGUUAACUUCCUGUUUUUUUUUUUUCGUACUAGCAACACCACAUGAAUGGUCUGUGUGUUGAAAACGACGAGACUUCUUCUUUAGUCGACGCCACGUUGGUAGACCGCAGUGCGUGAUCUCGGAGGCAGAUCUUAGGUUGGUCACAUGGUUCUGUCCUAGGUACUGUAUCACAGUGAGAGUUUACAACAAACCAGUGACCUCUUGUGUCGGAAGCACAAUGUACUGACUUCUAAUAUUAGUAUAUGAACAACUUUGACCUGGAUGAACGAGAAACGAGUCAAAGCUCCAUUUUAGGAAUUACCAAUGUGAAGAUUCACCUGUCAGAUGACCUGUGACCUUGUUUUAUGAAAGCGAUUUAAACAUUUUGAAACGAAUGACGGGAGGCAUGUUUACGAGGUGUCACGACGUCAGGUUGAGGGCCAGAGGCCACGAUGAUGAUCAGACCUGACAUGUAGAGUGACUAAACUAAUGACUGAAAAUACAUGUGAAUCACAACACUUCCUGUGCAGCUGCGGCAGAGCGUCACGUAGGCGCAGAGCUGUGAAGAUUAGAGUGACAUUUGAUAGCUCGGGAAUUUUUUUUUUUUAAACUAUAUUUAAUUGUACACACACACACCGUUGUGGCUGGAAUGUUUGCCUUUUUUUUUGCCAAGAAACGAGCGGAGAAAAAGCAUGAAUGAAAUGACGAUGUAUUUGAAGACAUCAGAAACAAAAACCCACUAGAGUGUACAAUCUAUUCACCGUGAGCUAACGGCAGAUAAUCAACUCCCAGUAGGAGUCGGAACAUUUAAAAAAAUGCUGUGAAAUAGAUCAUGUUUUUUUUUUUUUUGGUGACGGAGAGGCACAAUGCUCCUCCUAGUGGCCUAGAAAACCUUUCAUUCUCCUGUCCCACCCUUUCUGUGGAGAGGUUUUCCAGGUACUCUCUCUCUCUCUCUCUCUCUGUGUGUGUGUGUGUGUGUGUCUCUCUCUUUUUUUUAAUCCUGUUACAUUUCCAGCAGAGGGAAGAGAUCAAAACAACCUCAGCUGUUGCACUGACGACUGACGCGUGAGUCUGACCCUGGGCCUCAGUGGAGUCAGUUACGGUUUUAGCUGUUCUUUAACUGCAAUUAUUUUUAAGAGUUUUUAUGCAUUUUUAGACAUUUUGCGCCUAAGUCAAGUCAGUUGUGGCCGUUGAUUUGUGCCCUGGAUAUUUUCUUUUUUUUGUAAAUCAAUGUUCUCUCUAGAUUUUGUCCGAGUAGGAUAACUUAAUUUGUGCCAUUCAAAGAUUGGACAUGUCUGCUGCACAGCUCAGAACAGAACUGAAAGAUGAAAAAAAAAAAAA